AUGAACAUUUCAAUUACCCCAAAUACUACUCUAGAGGAAACACAGAAUAUUGAGGCAGUUGCAGAUGUUUUAUCGAAGGCUUUUAAAGGAGUCCCAGGCGAUGAUUAUUUCGUUCACAAAUUUAAUAACAUCCCAUUGACCGUUCCUCUGGAUGAAGCUAAAGUAAAAGAACUACGAUUGGGGACAGUAAGUUUCUUCAAGGGCCAAGGCGCAGAGAUCAUACAGGCAAAUAACUUUGAUGCAGUGGCCAUUUGGCAAACGCCGGACGUCACAAUCACUGCAGGGGAAGUUUCAGAUCAAGGAUUCAAUGAAAAGUAUAUACAAAUGGUGAAAAGGGCAGUACGCAAGGUUAUACCUGACGAGAUGAAACGUUACUACCUUUUUAUGAUAGGAAGAGAUCCAAAUGGUGUCACAAAGGGAUCUGUCAGAUCGAUUUUCGAGUACUACAAGAACAGAGCCGACAUUGAGAAUUCCGCUAUCUACUUGGAAUCCAUCAGUGAAGCAGCAAAGAGUGUCUACGAGUAUUUUGGUUUCAAGAACUAUCUGACAUUUCAAGUUGGCGUCGGCGAAGUCAACUCGCUGGGAAAGCAGGACCCACAGGGGAAAGGAUUCACCAUGUACCUCAUGGUGUACCACAAAGAUGCAGACUCCGUGUUGAACUCAUUACCAUAG